AUGGCUGCCAAUAUCUUUGCGGAUCUGACAACACCCAACGGGAUCCGAUACCGACAGCCAUUAGGUCUCUUCAUCAACAACGAGUUUAUUGAAUCCACGUCGGGUGAAACGUUUUCUACAAUUGACCCCGCCACCGAAACAGAGAUUGCCCGCGUGCAUGCGGCCGGUGUCAACGAUGUUGAAUAUGCAGUACACGCCGCCCGCCAGGCCUUCGAGGGGGCCUGGUCUGAUGUUGCAGGGCAGGAUAGAAGCCGACUGUUGUACAAGUUGGCCGAUCUCAUAGACGAGAAUGCGCAGGUGCUUGCUGCGAUCGAGUCUUGGGACAAUGGCAAGCCAUACUCCACGGCCCUCCUAGAAGACAUCCCCGAGGUAGUUGACGUGUUUCGAUACUAUGCCGGCUGGGCAGACAAAAGCUACGGCCAAGUGAUUCAGACGAGAGGGACCCAACUCAACUACACUAUACCGGAACCACUCGGUGUCUGCGGACAAAUUAUUCCAUGGAACUACCCCAUCGUCAUGGCCUCCUGGAAGGUAGCCCCAGCUCUUGCUGCUGGAAACACGAUUGUUCUCAAGGUCUCAGAGCAAACUCCUCUAUCAGCCCUCUUCCUCGCCAGCCUAGUCGCACCGGCUGGCUUCCCACCCGGUGUCAUCAACAUCAUCAACGGCUUUGGAGCUGUUGCUGGCUCUGCUCUUGCGUCUCAUUCCGACGUGGAUAAGAUUGCCUUUACCGGCUCUACCCAGACAGGAAAGGAGAUCAUGAAGUUGGCAUCGUCGAACCUGAAAAGCGUCACUUUGGAGACGGGAGGGAAAUCCCCUCUGAUUAUCUUCAACGAUGCCGACUUGCAUGCUGCAGUUGCUGCCGCGUAUCCGGGGAUAAUGGCUAACGCCGGGCAGAACUGUACUGCCAACAGUCGCUUGCUGGUCCAAGAAGAGGUGUAUGACCGCUUUCUUAAACUGUUCAAAGCCAAGGCAGUUUCAGACGCCAAGAUUGGGGACCCUUUUGCUGAGGACACCUCCCAAGGUCCUCAGGUUACACAGGCACAGUUCGACCGCAUCCUCUCCUACGUUCAGUCCGGAAAAGACGAGGGUGCCAAGCUUGUGCAUGGAGGUAAAGCAUACAAGAACCUGAACGGCAAAGGCUUUUACUUGGAACCAACCAUUUUUACCCAUGUGACGCCUCACAUGCGGAUCUACAGGGAGGAGAUCUUCGGACCAUUUGUCGUCAUCUUGCCGUUCAAGUCGGAGGCUGAAGCGGUCAAGAUGGCCAAUGACACCGAGUUUGGACUGGCUGCGGCAGUUUUCACACGCGAUAUUGCCCGGGCGCAUCGCAUCACACGAAAGAUCAAGGCUGGCAAUCCCCGAAUUCCCUUUGGCGGUUUCAAGCAGUCGGGAAUUGGCCAGGAACAGGGAGAGGCUGGUAUCAAGGCGUAUACCAAUUAUAAGACAGUGGUCGUUGAUUUGGCUCCCGACACGCACAGUCAGGCUUCAUUGGAACCCAGGCUGUGA